AUGGCUUUGUACCUCAAACCCAAAUUUUAUGAGGCUAAAGCAAAAUUCAUUGUUUAUUUUUGUAAGUUAUUAAAACUUAACAAACUGCCUCAAUUCCUACGUGCACACAAUAGAUUUGCUGAUUUCGCAACGACAUUAAACACAUUUGUUGACGAAGAAGAAGUUGUAAAACCUGAGCAAAAAUACUUACUUCCAAAAACACAAGAUAUACCUAAAGUAGAACAGCCGCCAACGAAAAAGGCACCUCGGAAGUCACUUGCAGAAAUGAUAGCUGAACAGCGGUUUAUGAUGACCGAAAAAGGCAAAGACAUCAAAUUGCCAUUGUUGCCACCUUUAAGACCAAAAACACCAAAACCAACAGAAGAACAAGCACUUGCUCAAGGCGCAAAACCAAAAGUGCAACAACAAAAACAAGAAGAAGAAAAACAACAUCAAAAAGUCGAAUUAAAGCCAACUACUCACCAAGAAAGAAAAGCACUGAUUAAACAACAGAGAGAAAGAGGAAGAUAUGUACAACAAGCUACUGCUACAAAACCAACACCGGGAACUCCACAAACACCACACGUUGCAGAACAAACAUUGAUAAGACCAAUUCCUCAAAUAUUACAGCCUCCUCAAAUUCAUGGAACACCCGUGGUAAGAAGAAAAGUGAUACGACAAAGAGCUGUUGCUCCUCAAUUUGUAAUUCCUCCUUACAGACCUAAACAACAACAUGAACAUCAAAAAGUUGGAGAUAUGAAUAAGCAAAACGAAGAAAAGAGCGUCCAACAUACUGGAGCAGCUUCACCCAAUAUACCAAAACCAUCAUCAGAACAAUUGAUUAUUCAACCCGAAUCAACACCAACACAAACACAAACACUUCAACCACCAACAACAACUCCAUUAAAAGAUGAAAAGAGUGAACAACAAGAAACAAAAAGUAAAGAACACAAAUAA